AUGUCUUCUCAACUUAAUAGAUACUGGAUACCCAAUUUUGAUAUCAACAAGAGAGUCAUCACCAAAGAAAUCCAAUACUACCUGGGACCGGAAUCUACGCUGAGGCCAUAUACACGAGACGGAGAAGACGGGUAUCUGAUUAGCACACCUGGGGAGUGCUUGACAGAUGAGCAGAUAGACGAUAUCUGUAUUAAGUCGAAGGAACUCUGGGAAAAGCAGGCAGCGGCCCGAGCCAAGAAGGAGUCAGACAAGCAACUAAAGCGACCUCUACAUCAGCCAGUCGUCAUAUCAAGAGGCUCAAAAUCUCGUUCCCCAAGGUCUCAUCAUAACCCGAACUAUGCAGAUCUGCUGCAUGUGGAUCCUUCAACGAGAGUUCAAGAGUGUGGUAUCGUCCUCGCUCUACAGAACAAAGGGUUUAGAGACAGAGGUCGUGCCAUAAGGAAGGAGUAA